UCAAAUUCUAAUCCUCUCCCCCCCUAAAAAUGUUGCACCCUCUAACUCACCUACCCGCCACGUCACUCCCGCCAAAAACCCUAACCGACCACCGCUCCUUCUCCCCCUUCUUCUCCUUCCCCAAACUCCCCAACCCCUCCAAAUUCACCAUCCGGAGCUCCGCCGCCGCCGACUCCCAAACCCUCGCCCCCACCUCCGCCAUCCAACGAAUCGCCGACAAGCUCCGCAGCCUCGGCUUCGCCGAAGACUCCGACUCCAAACCCGAGCAUGCCUCCUCCGCCGGCGAAAUCUUCGUCCCUCUGCCGGAGGCUCUCCCUAAGCACCGCGUCGGCCACACCAUCGACGCCAGCUGGAGCACUCCGGAGAAUCCGGUGCCGUCGCCGGGGACGGGAAGGGCGAUCUCGAGGUUUCAUGAGAUGAGGAGGGAGCUGAAGAGGCAGGAGGAGGCUGAGGCGAUGGAGAGGAAGGGGAGGAGGAAGAAGGAGGAGAAGGUGCCGACGUUGGCGGAGAUGAGCUUGUCUGCGGCGGAGCUGAGGCGGUUGAGGACGGUUGGGAUUGAGGUGAGGAAGAAGUUGAAGGUUGGCAAGGCUGGGAUCACUGAGGGGAUUGUGAAUGGGAUUCAUGAGAAUUGGCGAAAAUCGGAGGUUGUGAAGAUUGUUUGUGAGGAUUUGUGUAGGUUGAACAUGAAGAGGACUCAUGAUUUGUUGGAGAGAAAAACUGGAGGAAUGGUUGUUUGGAGAUCAGGAGCGAAGAUAAUUUUGUAUAGGGGGGUGAACUAUAAGUAUCCUUACUUUUUAAAGGGUAAAGAUCAUGAGGAUUCGACGAGAGAUAGUUCUGGUGAUGCGGUACCGGGUGGACUCAUUAAUGCUGAUGUAACAGAUGAAGCCAAUUCUGCUAGAGAGCCAAGUCCAGGCAAUGAAAGAGCUCAGCCAGCCUUAAUACGAGGGGUUGGUUUGGCGAAUAGGUUUCGGUUUCAACUUCCAGGUGAGGCGGAGCUGGCGGAAGAAGCUGACCGCUUGUUAGAGGGGCUUGGGCCGCGGUUUAAUGAUUGGUGGGGAUAUGAACCUUUACCAGUUGAUGGGGACCUUCUACCUGCUGUUGUGCCUGGAUACAGGAGGCCUUUCCGUCUUCUUCCAUAUGGUUUGCAGCCUAAGCUAACAGAUGAUGAAAUGACCACAAUAAGGAGACUUGCCCGACCCUUGCCAACUCAUUUUGCAUUGGGCAGAAAUAGAAAGCUUCAAGGGCUGGCUGCUUCCAUUGUCAAACUCUGGGAAAAAUGUGAGAUUGCCAAAGUAGCUGUUAAAAGAGGGUUUCAGAACACUAAUAGCGAGCUGAUGGCUGAAGAGUUGAAGAGCCUAACUGGAGGAACUCUGAUUGCUCGGGACAGGGAAUUUAUUGUUCUAUAUAGGGGAAAAGAUUUUCUGCUGCCUGCAGUUUCCUCUGCCAUAGAAGAGCGGAGGAAGUCUGUAAUACAUGCAGAUAAUCAGAGCCGGCAGUUGAGAGUUCCUGCUACAAAGGUACAGGACCUUGAACCCGGGGCUGAGCCGGAAAAUAAAGAUUAUCUGACCAAUGGUCUUCCAUCUGAAAAACGUAAGCUAAAGUCUACUGAGGCAGCUGCCAGUAGAGCCAGCAUUAAAUUGUCCGUGGCUUUAGAAAAGAGGGAAAAGGCAGAGAGACUUCUAGCAGAGCUUGAGAAAGCAGAGAAUCCUCAACAACUUGAAAUAGAUAAAGAGGGUAUAACUGAAGAGGAAAGAUAUAUGCUAAGGAAGGUCGGUUUGAAGAUGAAGCCUUUCUUACUAAUGGGUAGACGAGGAGUAUUUGAUGGGACAAUUGAAAACAUGCAUCUCCAUUGGAAAUAUAGGGAGCUCAUCAAGAUAAUAUGUAAUGAGAAAAGCAUUGAAUCUGCUCAACAAGUAGCACAAACUCUAGAGUUAGAAAGUGGUGGGAUUCUUGUGGCAGUGGAGAGAGUAAGUAAGGGCUAUGCAAUCAUUGUCUAUCGUGGAAAAAAUUAUGUCCGGCCUGCUAAUUUGAGACCUCAGACACUCCUAACUAAACGAGAAGCACUGAAGCGUUCUAUUGAGGCACAGCGUCAUGAGUCCUUGAAACUUCAUGUUUUAAAGCUUAACAAGAACAUAGAUGAAUUGGAGCAAUUGGUGGUUAAAGGCAAGGGCUCAAACAAUAUACAGUCAGUUAAGGAAUCAAAUGAAUUGACCACGGAGGAGGUGAAUGAAAUCAAAUCAGAAAAAUGUUUGAUAUCCAAUGCCGAACUUAACUAUGUUUCAGAUUCAAUUAUACCUGAUUUGCCUGAAGAGAAUCGCAAGGCUAGAGACAAACAUGAAUCUCAUGUGACCAAUAUGGAUUUAAAUGAUGGAAUGGGUGCUGUUGUGAAUGGCCACUUAGCCAUACAACAGGAUGAGGGGUAUGGUCUCUCUUCAAGCUGGGAUGCAGAGGACACUGAUAGAGUGGAACCUGGGACUUCAAGUGAACAAGAUACAAGUGAUAAUUUGUUCAAUUAUAUAAAGGGAGAAGUUGAGGUAUCGGUCAAGGCUAGAGACAAACAAGAAUCUAUUGUUGUAGAUAUGGAUACAUUUGAUGGACCGAGUCCCGUCAUGAACGGCCAGUUAGCCACACAGCAAGGUAAGGAGAUUACUUUCUCUUCCACCUGUGAUGAGGAUGGGCCUGGUAAAGUUGAACCAGUAUCUUCAAAUGAAACCCAAGUAGAUUUGUUCUCAAAUAUGAAUGAAGAAGUUGGAACAUUCAUUGAGGCUAGAGAUAGCCAAGAUUUGCAAUUUACUCAGAUGAAUUUAAAUGUUGGAAAGGGUGCUGUAAUUAACAGCCAACUAGCCGAUCAGCAGGUCUUAAGUUGUCAAAUUUGUGGUGGGUUUCAGUCAAAAGGUCCGAGUAGUUCUGCUAUUAGUGACAAUCAGCACCGUGUUUUUGAUUAUGAGCUGGAAUCAUUGGGUAGAUCUGGUAAUACUAAAUCAAAACCUCCAGCUCCAAUAAUGGUAAGAAAGAUAUUGAAUGAGAUGCCCCCGAGAGCUGUGCAUUUGUCCAACAGCGAGAGGCUUCUUCUGCGAAAGCAAGCCUUGAAGAUGAAAAAACGCCCUGUGCUUGCCGUAGGUAGGAACAAUAUUGUGACUGGUGUUGCGAAAGCAAUCAAGGCGCACUUUGAGAGGCACCCUCUUGCCAUAGUAAAUGUCAAAGGGAGAGCAAAAGGAACUUCAGUCCGGGAAAUUGUUUUUAAGCUGGAGCAAGCAACAGGUGCAGUUUUAGUCUCCCAGGAGCCAAGCAAAGUUAUACUUUAUAGGGGUUGGGGUGCAGGAGAUAGUCCUGGAAAUAAAGAUAAGAACACAAGUGCGGAAAAGGUUGUCCCUGUGAAGAUACCUACUCCAGAGGGCACAUACACUCACCAAAUACUAGUUAGCAAGAAUUCACAUUCAUUCACAUCAUCGGGUCUGAAUAUUUCCGGGAACACUUCUACCUCUUUCGGUAUCUCAAUCCAGGGAUCUAUGAGAUUCAAUAAACAUCGGUAUUGCUUGUAUGCUGAAUAGAUUGUAUAUAGAAUGCUCUGUUGACAUAUCCGGUGAUGAUAUUGCUACAUUGGAAGUCAGAGAGCUUUUUCCGGGUCAAGUUGGGGUUCAGGUUUUGAUAGAAUUGGAGUUUUCACUAUGCAAAUUCCUGUAUUAUAACACUAGCAUUGAUCGGAAUACUGAAAUAAAAGGUC